AUGCAUAUAGAGAAGAAUGUGUUUGACAAUGUAUUCUAUACAGUUAUAGAUGUGAAUGGGAAAACUAAGGACAACUCCAAAGCAAGAGAGGACUUAAAAGUUUAUUGCAAGCAUCCUGAAUUACACUUAGUGAAAUAUAAUGGUAGAGUAUACAAACCUAAAGCCACUUAUACUUUGAAUAAAGAACAAAAACAAAAAAUUUGUCAGUGGCUAAAGGAUUUGAGAUUGCCUGAUGGAUAUGCUUCCAACAUCGCACAGGCUGUAAGUGUGAAGGACUUAUUCAAAACCAAAGCUAGGAGCACAUUUAACAUUCAUAAGGUGGUUGACAUAAGUGAUAACGAGUUUACUUUUGAUGAGGUGGCUUACCAAGAAGAUGAUAUCUCUCGACCUUUAGAAAUUUUACCAACUACUGAACUUGAUGAGCCAUACUUGCUACUUGAUUCAAAUCAUAUAGUAGAGUUAAAUGAAAAUGAAUUGCAACAUUUAGUGCAACCAAGUAGAGAGGAGGAGGAGGAAGACGAAGAGGAAGAGGAGGAAGAUGAAGAGGAAGAGGAAGAUAAAGACGAAGAUGAAGACGAAGACGAAGACGAAAAUGAAAACGAUAAAGAUGAUGAUAGUGAUGAUGAUUGA